UUGAAAGAAAAAUGUCAAAAGAGUGUUUAAAAGGAGUGUAUGUCCGUACGAAGCCUUUUGCGCUCAUGAUUUUGUUGCAAACUUCGUAUGCUGUUAAUGGUUUAAUCGGCAAGUCAGCACUAAACAAAGGCUUGAAUCAUUACACGUUUUCUGUUUAUCGGAACCUCUUUGCAGCUCUCUUCUUUGGCCCUUUUGCUUUCUUCCUUGAAAGGAAAGUUAGGCCGAAAAUGACAGUUUCCAUUUUCCUCAAGAUCAUGUUACUGGGAUUAUUAGAGCCAGUAAUAGAUCAGAACUUGUUCUAUGGUGGAAUGAAAUUUACAACGGCAACUUUUGCAACCGCUAUGUGCAAUAUUGUUCCUGCUGUCACCUUUGUUAUGGCUUGGAUCUUUAGACUUGAGAAGGUGAAGAUAAAGAGUUUACAUAGCCAGGGGAAAAUCAUAGGGACAUUAGUGACGGUUGGAGGUGCUAUGAUAAUGACACUAGUAACAGGUCCUGCAAUUCAAUUUCCAUGGACUAAUCAUCACAAUCUUCACCAUCAAUCGUCUGUUAACACUGUGAGUAAUCAAGAUCAGAUUAAGGGAUCUCUCAUGAUCACUGCUGGUUGCUUUUCUUGGGCGAGUUUUGUCAUUGUCCAAGCAGUGGCAUUGAAGUCAUACCCGGCUGAGCUCUCCCUCACAGCGCUAGUGUGCUUGAUGGGCUCUUUGGAAGGUUCUGUACUUACCCUCGUUGCAGAAAAGGCCAAUGCCUCGAUCUGGUCACUUAAUUGGGACGUCAAACUAUUUGCAGCACUUUACAGCGGAAUAGUUUGUUCUGGAUGUGCGUAUUACGUUUCAGGACUAGUAAUGCAAGAGAGAGGACCAGUUUUUGUGACGGCUUUCAACCCUCUCGGAAUGGUUAUUAUUGCCAUCAUGGGGUCAUGCAUCUUAUUCGAGAAAUUGAAUUUGGGAAGUGUUGUUGGAGCCGUGGUUAUUGUUGUUGGACUAUAUUUGGUCAUAUGGGGAAAAAGCAAGGACCAAAAAGACCAACAAGGCCGCAAAUUGUCUGUGGAUCAACAGAAUGAUGACAUAAAGACAAUAGUGUUAAAGCAAGAUGAUGUUAAUUCUUGUGGGAAAACAUCGAAUGAUCUUGAAUCCGUUUAAGGAUUUGAGUAGUGUACGUUAUAUCGCGUGUUUUAGGUUGGGCAUUUUGUUUAUAUGGUGUAAUUAAAGUGAAAAUGCAAACAAGAUCACAUGGAUGAUUGACCGUAAUUUACAAAAAUAAAUGAGAGUCGCACGUGAUUAUAACAAAA